AUGGGCCCCCGCAAGAGCAACGCCUUCGCGUCCGGCAAGGAUGACGGCGCUGCCGCCGGCAAAGUACGCAAGGUAGGCGGCAACGGUGUGGGAUACAACAGCGUGACCAACAGCACCAGCCACAAGCAUGGCGCCACCGCGGCUACCACAACGAACAUCUACACGAACGAAGAGAAGGUCUUUCUCGAGUCCCAGCUGGAACUCUUCACCUCUGGUGGUGGCGGCAACAGCUCCAAGGGUGGCAGCGGCGGGACAGACUUUGCCAGGAUGACUAAGGAGCAGUGGUUGGCCGGAUUGCCGACGCUCGUCUCCGCAACGGAGAAGCUUCUGCGAAUAGCAGCUGAGGAAUAUCAGCAGACAUGCCGCGAGCGCGCGGCAGCUGCAACGCCAACGAACGGCGCACAGAACGUUGGCUCUUCACCAAACGCUGAUGGAGGCGGUAGAGGUAAGCACGGCCCCACGUCCAGCAGCGGCAGCAAUGUUAAUAGCUGUGUGACCAACGACAUUGUCUCCGGCGGGGCGGCAGGAUCGUCGAACCAGCAUUCCACCCCAGCCGCUGGCACCCUUGCCCAGUUUGCCGAGGAGAACGCCUACAUCAUCGCCCAGGUGCAGCAGCUGCAGUGGUACCCCUUCACCUACCAGCGAUGGGUUGAACUGCUGUUGGAGCCGGGUAAGUACCACACAGCCCGCGACGACGGCAGGCUCCGCGGGGACGCGAUUCAGAUGUCUCUGCGGCGGUGCAUUCUCGUGACGUCUCCAGCGGUGGAGGGCGGGGACGUGAUUUAA